CAUUACCAUUUCCAAAAUUUUCAAGUCGUAUGAAUUUUGACUAUCCUUUAAAGUUUCAACUAAACAUUCCAAUAGCCAAUAUAAAUUAUCGUUUACUAUGAGUUGAAUUAUUUUUUAGGAUUUUGUAUUAAGUAGAUGGGUGUUUGUUAUUUGUUGUAACAAACUAUCAUUUCUGAAAACCUCAUUACAACGAAUUUUAAUUGACAAUGGCUGUUGUUAAAACUCCUGUGCUGAAAGUUAUAUUAUGUGGUGAAUAUGGAGUCGGAAAAAGUUCGAUAUUUCGGAGGUUCAUAAAUAAUACAUUUUUACCUCAUGCUGAUAAAAAAUCUACAUUAGGCCUAGACCACUUUGAGAAGAUGUACCGAGUGGGAGACAAAGAUGUCAAGUUACAACUUUGGGACACUGGUGGAAUGGAAAGAAUAGCUUCAGUCACAUCAAGUUACUAUAAAUAUGCUGAGGCAGCAGUUCUAGUGUUUUCAUUAGAUAAUGCCUCAUCAUUCCAUAUCUUAAGUCAGCAUCUCUUGGAUAUUGUAACAUAUGCUGAAAAUGCUAAGAUAUUUCUAUGUGGCAAUAAAUCUGAUUUAGAAGGAUCAUGUCCACAAGUAACUGAUGCUGAUAUAGAAAAUUUCUGUGAGCAGUGCCACAAUUUAAUAAGCAGCACAUACAAAACAUCAUGCAAAACUGGACAAGGUUUAGAAGACAUGUUUUUAGAUAUAGCUCAACAAUUAGUUGAAUGUAAUAGAUCUAAAAUUGAACUUCAAAGGUUAGAUCAUAAUAGCUUCAAGAUAACACGUCCAGAACCGCCAGAUGAACCGUCCUGUAGUUGUUAAUGAGCAACUUAUUUGUAUAAUUCACUGAUUUAAAAUGAAGCUUGGCUAUAUUAGUCAUUCUAAUAUACUCUAUUUAAGAUAAUGUGAUUAGUUUGUAUGUAUUUGUCAUUUUGAUCAAGUAGGUGUAUGCUUAAUAUUUUUUAUGAUCAGCAACUUUUACAUACUGUAAAGUAUAUAGUAGUUCAUAUUUAACUUAUUAUGCAGUAUUUAUGUGUAGUAUUUUAUUAUUAUUGAACACAAGUAGUAAUAACAAUUAUAUAAAUAAGAUUAUCAAUUACAAGUUACAUACCUGUAACAUGCUUAAACUGACAUUAAAGAUGCAUACUAACAUGUACUAACUACUUAUUUAGUUUAAUAUAGUUGUCAACUAAGGUCAUUGUGCCAUUGUCACAGUCUGAACUGGUGAUGGAAAUUAUAGCUACUAUAAUUUCACUAUAAUGUAUAGUAUUUUUCAUUAUUGCCAGUUAAUUUUAAAUGUCACUAUAUUUAUUGUAUAUUGACACUUAGUCUUGAUAUAUAUAUUUCUACUUGGGCCUGAGCAAUUGUGAUAAACUGUCUAAUGAUUCCUGAAACCAAUGUUUCAUUGCAUUAACAUUUUUGACACCAUGAGUGUGGAACUUGAAUUCCAUCAUAUGGGUGCCCCAUUGGUCCUUUUUCAGGCCUGCCAGGAGUGCUCCUCCCUCACUCUCUCUUUGUUCAGUUUACUCAUCAUCAGCUGCAUUUUUAAGUUAUAUUUACAUAUAUACAUUUAAAUCAGUAUUCGCAUACAAUUUUGCCAUCAAUGGACAUCAAAAGUCCAGAUUUAAACAAGUAUUAUUAAGACAUUUAAAUAUUGAGUAUUUAAUCAUCAUAUUAUGUGGUGUUUUCAUUGUACACAUACUGGCCCCAAUUAUGAAGAAAAAAAGCAAAAGCACAAACAUGCUUACCCUUAUUCAUAAUUCUGUAAUAAAAGAUAAUUGUUGAAACAUUAAAUAAACUAUAAAAUUGUUUUUUACAUUCUUCUUUAUAUUCUGUAAGCUAUUUAUUUCUUAUUUAUUUAUGUACCUGAAUCAAAUAACUAUAUGUUAUUAUUUUAAUAAUUUCUUCUAAUAAAGAAAAUUAUUUUUACUUGUGUUAUUCAUUAUGCAUAAUGGAUAAAUCUAAUCGAAACCUAUUGAAAAUCUAAC